AUGGGCACACGAGGUCUUGAGAUAGUACGCUUUCGCGGGCGUUACUACAUUCGCUGGCAUCGUUUCGACAGUUACUUUGAGGGUCUCGGCGCUAAGAUAGUCGCGAGCAUCCCAACGGACCCUGAGAAAUACAACAGAUGGCUUGAGUCGAUGCGAGCCCAGUAUGCGGCCAAGGAAAGUGUUCUCGAUAGAGAUGUCUAUGAGAUCCGUGACGGCGUCAAACCCGACUAUUCGCAGUUUGAGGAGUUUGAGUCGCUUCCUUCCGACUUCCCAGAGCUGAAUAACUGGGCCGAGUACAUCUACAUCAUCAACCUCGAUCAUGAAGUCCUCACUAUGAACCACACCAUACAUUGGAAGCUGGGGAAUGUCCCGCGUCAGGACGACCUAUGGCUUCGUGCCAUUGUAGGCAGCAUCUAUCGGUACGAGUCCACCAUCUCGCCUGAAAUCUGUCCCGAAGAGCACAUGGCCUCACCGGCUUUAGAGUAUCCCGAGCCAACAUGGGACAUCAAAUAUGACUUCCGCAUUGUAUCCCCGAGGACCGACAUCGCGGAGGCACCGAAGGCGUUUGUCACACAAGUUCUAGCCGAUACUAUCAGUCAAUACGAGACGCAGAUUAUUACGUUUGGAAAGGAGUGGAGCCCGAGCUCCUUCGCUUUUCGCGAGUUGACUUUUGCUCUCGUGUCAAUUGCGUCUGGCCAGACCAAAUUCCAUUCUUUCCCCGUUCAGGAGUGUAACCCUCGAACAUGCCAGAGAUGGACCUGCAAGUCGAGCCACUUACACAGAUUACCUGGAUGGGUUGACGAAGAGUGGGUUGGCGAUAGCGCUCCGUUACUGGAGUUCGGCUCCCCAGCUCAUCGACCAGGCGAGCCUCCAGGGGCAUCGCCCAUGGAGACGAUCUACUGGGUGGAGGACGUGCUUGUCAGUCUUGCACUGGUGGUUGACGGUGAUUCCAUCUCAAAGGCCGUUGCCUGGGGUGUCGAGCGCGGACACACCAACUUCCAGAUUGUCAUCUUAUCCCUCUUUGAAGUGGCAUUUGCAGAAGUCUCCUUUGAUGGUGAGGCGGGGCCAUUCGCCAAAGCCAGCAAAGCUGUCAAGCUCUCGCCUCUGCGUGUAGAUGCUUGCGCGAGCACACAUCCGCGCCAGCGACCAGAGCUGAAGCCUGGAAUGGAGGCUCAGAAUCGGGAUGGUAAACGCACGGUGAACUCAGACUGCAAGGGGACAAUCCGAAGACUACAACGCCAUUUCCCUGGGCUCGCGGCACUUGUCAACUUCUUCGAAGUUGCCUCGAGCCGCCGCGCAGCAUCCAAAUUAGCAGGCAUUCUCCCGCUGGAGCUGUACGACAGGAUUGUGGACUUUGUCGAUUAUGAUACGUGGAAGACCUGCUUGCAGGUAUCGACUGGGGUUCGUUCCUGCUGCCUCCGCAAGUACAGGCUUGAUGACCAUAUGAGAAUUGUCUCAGGCCCCUUUGUGAGACAAGUACAUCAUUACCGUUACACACAGUGUCUGAUGUCCUUCGACUUCGAAGACAUGAAAACCGGCCAGAUCCUUCCGAUGAUGCACGCUCCGGGAAGCGAUUCGAUAAGAGAGUGUAACUGGGUGCCGGUCAUCGGCAGCGACCGAAAGGCGAUCAUGUUGGACAUAAUGAUCCAGUUCAAGCCGGUGGAGGAUGUGCCCGUGGAAGACGACAGCGAUGAUGACUUCUUGCACACGCCAUUGCCAUAG